GUUCCAGUACUUUUGUCUAUGUAGUAUAGCUUAGACAUGAGGAAAAAAGAUUAGAAAAUGCUGCUUUGAAUAUGGUGUCAUUUUAAACAAAAACACCACUUUCUACAGGUUCACAGAUGCAUCGUUUAUCACAGGACUACUGGUGUAUUUGUAAGGGCCUCGGGGGAAAUUAAUCCCGGUAGUAGCAGUAGUAGGAGUAGUAGUAGGAGAAGAAGAAGUAGGAGUAGUAGUCCUAUUAAUUUUAGUUUUAAGUGCUACAUUUAAAUAACAACAUGUUAACACAUUCUGAUGUUUAAAUACUUUAAAAAGUCAGUCCAUCAAGACAUACAUGGGGCGAGCAAAGAUUAGGUUGCAAGAAAGUUUACUGACUUCCGUUCUGAUUUUUUCCCGACGCUGUCCCGGUGUUUGCACCUGUUGCACCGAACAAAAGUCUCCGGACCAGGAGGUGUUACUGGCUUCACUGCGCCCUGCAGGUUCCUGCUUCAGAGACGCCCAACAAGGCGGGCUUCAGGCUACUUUACAUAAACAGGACGCCACAUAUGACAACUAAAAAAACCUGCUCACACUGAGACACGGGUGCUCAGGCAGAGCACGAUGUCUUCUCCCAGCGCAACCUCCAACACCCUGAGCACCCUGGCGCCAAAGAGGAAGACGAAGAAGAAACACUUUGUGCAGCAGAAAGUGGAGGUUUUCCGAGCCAGUGACCCCGUGUUGAGCGUCCUGAUGUGGGGAGUCAGUCACUCGAUUAAUGACCUGGGCCAGGUGCCUGUACCUGUCAUGCUGCUUCCAGACGACUUCAAAGCCAGCACCAAGAUCAAAGUGAACAACCACCUCUUCAACAAAGAGAAUCUUCCCGGACAGUUCAAAUUCAAAGAGUACUGUCCACAGGUGUUCAGAAACCUGCGAGAGCGCUUUGGAAUCGAGGAUCAAGAUUACCAGGUGUCUCUUGCCCGCAGUCCUCCACUCAAAGACGAGGACGGGCAGCGCGUGGGGCUGCUGCUGACCUCAUACGACCGCACUUUGGUGGUGAAAGAAAUCUCCAGUGAGGAGGUGGAGGAAAUGCACAACAUCCUCUCCGAGUAUCACCAGCAUAUUGUCACCUGCCACGGCUACACGCUGCUCCCUCAGUUCCUGGCCAUGUACAGAGUCACUGUGGAGAACGAGGACACCUACCUGUUAGUCAUGAGGAACAUGUUCAGCCACAGACUGCAUGUACACAGGAAGUAUGACCUCAAGGGCUCCUUGGUGUCUCGUGAAGCAAGUUUUAAAGAGAAGGUGAAGGAGCUCCCCACUUAUAAAGAUGUAGACUUCAGGAAUAACAUGCAAAAAGUUUAUGUGAGCAAUGAGGAGAAGGAGAAGAUCAUGGACAAGCUCGGCAGAGAUACUGAAUUUCUGGUGCGAAUGAGGAUUAUGGACUACAGCCUGCUGUUGGGCAUCCAUGAUGUGGAGCGAGCUGAGAGGGAGGAGGAGGAGGAGGAGAUGGAGUCAUCCUAUGAGGAGGAAGAGGAGGAUGAAAGUAACCUGGCUCCUGCUCAGGGAUCCCCUUCACCUGAGGGUAUCGGUGGCUACAUGAACGCCUUCAAACCCAUGGGUCCCGGAGAGUUCGACCCUUACGUGGAUGUGUACGCCAUUCAGAGCGCUGUAGGUGCACCGCAGAGGGAGGUGUAUUUUAUGGGUUUGAUUGACGUGCUGACGCAGUACGACACCAAGAAGAAAGCUGCUCACGCUGCCAAGGCUGUCAAACACGGGGCGGGAGCUGAAAUCUCGACAGUUCACCCGGAGCAGUACGCCAAACGUUUCCGGGAGUUCAUCGCUAAGAUCUUUGCCUAGUUCAAAGACUUAAUCCUGGCCAAGGACAUAAUUUACUGCAAGAGGAGUCUCACUGAGCAGUUUUUCAUGUCAUCUCAAAUCAACUUGAGAAACACUGAACAUGUAGUGCUUAUAAAGUAUUUAUAAAUAAUCCAUGUUGUUGGAAUGUGCUUUUUAUAUUAAGGGAAAACUGGAAUUUGCAGACAGGAGGAAAAGUCCUCUUGGCCACUCAUUGUUGUUAAU